AUGCGUAAACGUGCAUGUAACAAUAUGCUUCUUUUCCUUUGUGGUCAAGUAUUAAUCUUUCUAUUUCUUGUUAAUUAUUUAUUUCGAUCAUCAACAUCUGAUCUGACACCAUUGAUGAUUUCAUUUGAAGAAAUGAGUCAAAAUUUAACAAUGGAUUCUUCAAAAUUAACCUUUAAACAGCAGUAUCGAUAUGAAUAUGAACAACUUCAAAAUUAUUCCUUAAAACAAAUUUACGAAGAACCAUCCAUCAAUCAAACAUCUUAUCCCAAACUACCUUACUUUUAUUCGUUAUGGAAAACCUCACCAAUGCUUCCACGUUUGAUAACGCCGGACGAACAUUAUUUAUACAUUCAGUUACUGAACAUUUUUGAUUUGGUUUCAAAGAAAUAUUCAUUUGAAUACUUUAUUACAUUUGGAACUUUGAUAGGCUCGUACAGAAAUCACGACAUUUUACCAUAUGACGACGAUGUUGAUAUUUCAAUCAAUAUCAAAUAUUAUUCUCACAUAUCGAAGAUAAACCAACUAAACAACGACAGCAAUUGGCAAUUUUAUAUCAACACACCAACAAAUAUGAAAUUUUAUUUCAAAUCAUCUCAACCAGCUGGUAAAUAUCCCUGGAAAUGGCCAUUUCUUGGAAUUGAUUUUUAUUCGGAAAACUCUACACACAUUAAAUCGUAUGUGUACAUUGAAAAACACUUCGUAUUCCCAUUACUAUUGCAUCCGAUCAGUACCCUUUGGUUGCCCGGGCCGAAUAAUAUUGAAAUGUUUUUCAAAUCCGUAUCAAAAGUCUAUUAUUCAAAUUAUUCAAUUAACGAAACGUGUUUUUCACAAAGUUAUUCACACAAACACGAAACGCAGAAAUACCAAAGAAAAGCAGUAAAAUGCUCACAAUUGAUGAAUAGUUAUCCAUUUAUCAAAAGAAUUUAUGAAAAUGAUUUCUAUUACGAACAUCUUAUGUUAGAUAAUCGCACAACAUUGUAUAUUCUGAAAAGAAAUCGAAAUCUUAUCCGAAACUAA